AUGACACAAAGCUUUCUUUCAAUGCCAAAUUUUUCAAAAACUUACUUGUAUGUUAUCCCUAAAAAUUUAUACCAAGAAUUUUGUAACGCUUUUGCGUUUUUUACAAUGGUUAAGGCCUGUAAUCCAAGUAUGAAUCGGCAAGAUUUAAUGGAUACAGCAAAUACAGAAUGGCGACUAUGUCGAACUGAAUCAGAAACAACUAUUAGAGACCAAAUCAAACAAUAUCUUGCAGCAAGUCCGCCUAUUAUACGAACAGCAAACUUUUUUCUACCACCUGGUUCAUAUAGUUCUAAAUCAUCAAAUUCUUUAAAUACAAACUCAAAUUCUGCAAUUUCUUCAUUGCCUUCGGCUAAUGAAGAACAUAUUCUUGCUCCUAAUACGUCGUCUCAACAUCAAGCUUUAACCCUAAUUAAAGAAACUGGAACUAAAGUAAAUGAAUACGAAAAUCUAUUGCUAAAUACUAAUGACAUAGAUCUUAGGCGUCAGAUAUAUGAGAAGUUAAGGGAUAAUCGUGCUAUUAUUGAAAAGGAAAAAAAACGUCUCAGUUUAUUAAAAAGCCAUGCUAAGUCUCAAGCAAAACUUAGAGAAAAAAAAAGAAAACAACUUAACGAAGGUAUUGCAGUAAUAUAUGAUACUAGUGGACGCUCAUCCGAAUUUCAAAAAAAUCCCAAAUUGCUUGAUCAAAUACAUGAUUGUGUUGAAUUUGGUGCAGCGGAAAAAAAAAGAAGAAAGACUGUGAUUAAAGUUCGCACAAUCAGACACUUAAAGGAAGCAUUACAAGAAAAGUAUAAUGUUUACCUCACACGACAAACUCUUUCAACAUAUCUUUUACCCCGACAUCCCAAUUCACGUCAAGCAAAGCGCCACCAUUAUCCUGCACAAAUUAAAGUAAGCGCUGUUUCUCGUUCUGAAAUGAAGUUUCAUGUGGAUGAACACUACUGUCUCGCGUCGGUUAAAAUGGUUAGAAAGUUUGCUGUAACUUUUGCUAACCAUAGCCUUAUCAUCUCGCAAGAUGAUAAGGCUAAGGUUGGCUUAGGUGUGCCAGCAGUCGGUAGAACUUUUAAAAGCAUCCAAUCACUUAGUGAACCUAUUACUGUCUCUGAUCAUGAUUUUCCAUGUGGAGCUAAACAAAAACUUAUACCUUCAGUUUAUCUUAUUAUCAACCCUGAAAACACAAAUGAAACAUUACGUCAAGGUCAAUUAUCCAUUUAUGUUCGACCAGAGUAUUUUGUAGGAACUUCAUCUUUAUCUCAUAUGAGAGAUUUAAUUGAGAUUUCAAAAUGUGAUGAUUUUGCGCCGAUGUUGAAAUAUAGUGACCAUCUUAAGUCUAUUUGGUUCUUGUUAGUUGACGGGGGGCCAGACGAAAACCCAAAACAUUUGAAAAAUAUUGUUGAAUAUUGUCAUCUUUUUCGUGAGCUUGAUCUUGAUUAUCUUUCUGUUAGAACGCAUGCUCCUUAUCAGUCAGCUUACAAUCCAGUAGAACGCAGUAUGUGUACACUUUCUGAAAAGCUAGCUGGAAUUGAGCUUCCAAUUAAUAAGUUUGGAUCUCAUCUUAACAGCCAAGGUGUAGUUGUAGAUGAAGACUUGGCAAAGCGCAACUUUGAAUUUUCUGGUCAAAGUUUGUGUGAAAUUUGGAAGCGUGAUAAUAUUCAUGGAAGACAAGUGCAUGCCAAUUACAUUGAUUAUGAUGAAGAUCCUUUUCAUAAUAAAGGAAAAGAGCCUACCACGUGGUUGUGGAUAGAACGUCAUGCUCAGCUAUGCCGCUACUCUCUGGAUGUGCGAAAAUGCCCUGAUCGAAAUUGCUGUAGUGAUGUUUAUGCCAAAGAAGCAAUUGAUCUAUUGAAGGAAAAUGGUGGGUUUCUCCUACCAUUAACAAAAGGAAAAGAUAACUGCUUUUUAAAUUCAAUCCAUGUUUUGCAAUAUAUAGACAAGACAAAAUUGUCUAAAUAUGAUGAAGAGUGUCCUUCACUAUCAUCACAAGCACAUCAAAGACUUUGCUGCAAUAUAUGCAGUAAAUAUUUUCCUACCGCGAAGAUGAUUACAAAACACAAACAAGUAAUUCAUGCAAAAAAACCACUCCAAAAAAAUGAAAAUCAAACCUCUAUAUCUGAUCUUGAACUUCCUAUUGUGCUAAUUGAACAUGUUGAACUGCCUUACUUAUCUACAGAAGAGGUUAUCGAAUCUUUAGAAUAUCUUGACAAUGACAACCAUCAAAUUCAAUUAAGUAAUUCAACUUUUAUGGAAGAUUUUUCCAACCUACCCUCUAUUCGUUCGUCAUGCCAGUCAUCUGAAGUUUUUGAUUUACGAGAGGUGCUUUCCGACGUUGAAUAA